AUGCCUCGACAACGAAACGAGUCGUUUUCUCACCUCAACUCAGUGGCUCCUGUACCCAUUGAGCUCACUGACGAUACCAUUUCGGCGAGUCAGUUUGAUGACUCCUCCAGAAUCACCGAUGUGCUUGUUGGAGAUUACCAUAUUGUCUCUGGUGACUCUGCGCCUCAGUAUGUUGUGUGGUCUAUACGAAUUGUAGUUAACGGAGCAUCGCAUUCACUGAUUGUGCUCUACAAGAGGUAUAGUGACAUUGACCACUUUAGGAGGGAGCUUGUCAAGGCAUUCCCAAAGGACUCAAUCCCGCCACUACCACCUAAGGACAGUUUCAGCUUGUCACGAAUGUGGUUCAGCGAUCUGUGGCUAGAGUCUCGCCGCAGGGGUCUUCAAUGGUUCAUGACCAACGUGCUACUAAACCCAAAAUACCAGCACAGUCCAGUGAUUACUCAAUUCGUGCUCAAACAGACGGCCAGGUGA